GCCCCCGUCCCUAUCCAUCUAAAAUGCACUGGCAGAAUAUCCUAUCCCUCCCAUUUCUUACUUCCACACAAACCAUUUUAUCGCCAGAUCAAACAGAAAUAUUAAAUACCCAGAGCUGUCCCCAUAUCCACAUCUUCGGCGCCCGCGAGACCCUAGCCGAACCCGGGUACGGCCUAUCCAGACCCCUCGUCGAUGCGCUCUUAGAUGCCUACCCCGGUAAAUACACAGCAGAAGCUAUUGACUACCCGGCCUGUGGCGGCCACCCCUCCUGCGGGGGCGCUACACACCCCGAAUCUGUGGCUGCGGGAAUUGAUGCAGCGGGCCGGGCGAUCAAUGCGUUUCAUGAGAUGUGUCCGACCACAAGGAUUGUACUUGUUGGGUAUUCUAUGGGGGGCGAAGUCCUCGACGCAACCCUCUGCGGCGGCGGCGUCCCCAUUGAGGGGAUAACAAAUACAACGAUCCCUUUGGCCCCCUCCGCAGUCGAGAGCGUUCGAGCGGCAAUCUUUCUAGGCGAGCCACUUUUCCGCGCAGGAUUACCGUAUAGUGUUGGGAGUUGUGUUGCUGGAGGGUUUGACGCUCGCCCCACGGACUUCAUCUGCCCCUCAGCAGACAAAGUCCAGUCCUAUUGCGACGCACCGGAUCCGUAUUGCUGUAAUGGGACGGAUUCGGUGCCGCACUAUCGGUACAAUGAAGUGUAUGGGGCAACGGCGCUGAGGUUUGUGCUGGGGAAGCUCGAUAUCGAUUAGUCUCCAUGGGGGGACGGGUUGCGUUACAAAAUCUGCCACAUAGGGCUAUAAGAGGGAUGAGAUAUACAUAGAGCCAUAUUGUGAUUAUCAUAUAGGCAACUAUUUGUCUACAUAGCACCCAAUGCUCUUUCAAUUUCUGUUGUCGUUCACUGUCAUUCCUGGUCAGCCAGGGUGGGAUGGCCUGUCACCACUCUCCUUCUCCAAAAGCCCAACAACCUAGGUGGGCUGUUGUCUAG